AUGAUCCGCCUUCUACUACUAGCAGGGCUUCUUGGAUUGGCUAGCUAUGCCAAUGCAGAGGGAGUGUACGAUGUGGGUGUCAGCUGGACGCUAUCCGAGGACUCACUAACAGACUGCAAUGAUGACGAGAUGAAUAAUCUUGUAGUCGAAGCAUUGCAUUACGUUGGAAUUGAAAUGAGCCACGAUGGAUGGGACGACCUAAUCUCUGAAGAUGCACUGAAUGGAAGGUACGCCCAUUGGAAGAAAGAGUACGCCAAGUUCAAGGACGCAAAGAAGCGUUUUGAUGAUAAGCCCAAUAUUGAUGAUGAGAACUGGAAUGUCGUCAUGAAGGAGUACUACAAUCUCAAGAAGGCUGUUGUGGACCUCACGAGAAAAGAUGUAGAUCGGAAGAAACAAGCAGGCAAAAAUGCCAUGGCAAAGUUCGAUGGGAUCAAACGGAGAGCUCGCAAAAAAAUAAGGGAAGCUCGAAAAGAAGCUCGGGAAGCUGAAGAGGAAGCAGAGAAGGCCCAGAGAGAAGCGGACCUGGAGGCGAAAGAAGCCGCCAAACUCGCGAAAGAAGCUGGAAUGUCUGACGAGGCAGAUGAAGCUUGCGACACCACUGAAGAGUUUGAGUGUGCGGAUGGAUCUGUCGUCACCAGGGAUCUUGAUAGCUGUUUGUUUCCUGACUGUCCUACCUUUCCCGACGAUGCCAUUGAUCCCAGCCCCACCGACGCCACCAACGAUGGCGAGGGUGAGCGUGCCCUUGCGGAGGAAGAGUUGGAUUUCUCGGAGCACGAAGUCGAUCAACCUGGUGAAAGCCAUCGUCGACUUGGAGGGUGCAAAGCUCCUUCCCGAAUGUGCCAACUUGUGGGGCACGUUCAUUGUGUCAAUUGCUGUGGCUGCGGCGGCCGCCGCCGUCGUGGGCUACGCCAGCAGGAACGAGAAAUGUUGAAGGUCUAUUCCGGUGAGGACAUUGAGAUGACAGCGAAGCUCGUCUGGACAGCCAUCACGGCAAUGAUGGAAAAGUACGAAGAUGACGAAGAGCACAACCAGCACAACAGAAUCGAGUGUUUGAAGUAUCCUGUGGAGGUAGUUGUGAAAAUGGGGGGUGAGCGUGGCAACAUUCACACAGUUGGACCUGAAUCUCCAGUCGAGUCUACCUAG